GCGCGGCGGUGGCGCAUGCGCAGCGGGUCCGUCGGUCUGUCAGUCGGUCAGUCAGCGGCUGUCAGUCCGCCGCUACCUCAGCCGGGGCCUCCGCGAUCCCCCUGCUCUCCCUCCGUCCACGACCAUGUCGUACGGGCCGCUGGAGCCCGGCCGCCCCGGGGCGACGGCCCCGCCGCGGGACUUCGGCGGCAUCAUCCUGACUUGCAGCGCCAAUGUACAGCGCAUCACGCAGUACACUUCUCAGAUAAAGAAUUUGAUGAGCCAGCUGGGAACCAAGCAGGAUUCCAGCAAGCUUCUGGAGAACUUACAGCAGCUACAGCAUUCUGCAAACUGCCUUGCCAAAGAGACCAAUGAAUAUCUAAAGGAGUUGGGGUCUCUACCACAUCCUCUAUCUGCUUCUGAACAGCGCCAGCAGAGGCUCCAGAAAGAACGUUUAAUGAAUGAUUUCUCUGCAGCCUUAAAUAACUUCCAGGCAGUACAGAGGCGAGUGUCAGAGAAGGAAAAAGAGACUGUAGCAAGGGCAAGAGCUGGCUCCCGUAUCUCUGCUGAUGAACGGUUCAGAGAAGAACAGCUUGUUUCAUUUGACAGUGGUGAAGAUUGGAAUCAAAUGCAGUCUCAGGAAGAAGAUGUGACAAUAACUGAACAGGACCUUGAACUCAUUAAAGAAAGAGAAACAGCAAUCAGGCAAUUAGAGGCAGACAUUUUGGAUGUUAAUCAGAUAUUUAAGGAUUUAGCCAUGAUGAUUCAUGACCAAGGAGAUAUGAUUGAUAGCAUAGAGGCAAACGUGGAAAAUGCAGAAGUCCAUGUGGAAAGAGCCAGUGAGCAGCUCCAGAGAGCUGCCUAUUAUCAGAAGAAAUCCCGUAAGAAGAUGUGUAUCCUGAUUCUUGGCCUUGCUGUGGCUUGUAUAAUCCUAGGACUCCUUUUCUGGCAGUUAUCAAAAUGAAAUCUUCACCUGGAAUCUAGUCUUAUUGCUGAGAUUUUUUUUUCCCUCUGAGCAAACAGGCUGACUAGUCUCAGAAAUGAAUUUACCACCUUGAGAGAGCACAAGCUGGAACUACUUCUAAUAAUAGAUAUUAGCAAUUAAUGUGCAGAUAACUAGUAUUUGGAAUUAGUGAACCAUGGAGACAGUAUUUAUCAGUUUAUAUACAAACUACAUUGUUUUAUGUAACUAAAAAUCUUGUGGUUUUGCUUUCUGUAUUGUAUUAUUCCCUUCUCCCAACUGUAUGCUGAAGUGUGAUCAAGAAUUGGAGAGGUCUUGGUUUUGACAAGUGGCACAACUCAUAUGUAUAGGUAAUUUUGUUGGACUGGAAUAAAAAUGACAUUCGAAGAGGGCACAACACCAAUUCAUAUUACCUUAAUUCAGCAGUUUCUAGAGUCUCCAGUAUCUGCCCCAUGGUUUUAUUAGUCUCCAAGUGGCUGAGGUUCUCAAUUCUCUUGAAGAGAAAGAUGGUAGAUUUGAAAGGCAAGGAGAAGUAAGAAUGGAUGAUAGCUGGAACCACACCUGCUGGUCAGUUCAGCAUUGAGACUUGUAACUGCAGAGUUUAAUCUUUUGAGUGUGGUUGGGGUUGUUUUUUUCCAAAGCUUACCAUUUGAGGACAGGAUGUUCUUUGACUUGUAAUCUAACAAUGCAACUUCCUUAGCUGAUGGUUUAUUAUUGGACAAAUAAAUCUCUCCCAAUGCUACUCUCAAGCACUAGAAAUACCAAGUUUAGCUGCUUGUUCCUUGUUUUUAGAAGCUUCUAGGGAGAAAAUGACACAAAGUUGAGAAAGAGGGCACUAAGUUUACAAGCUAGCAAGAUGAGUAUUAGCUGAAAUCUUGCUCUGAAAAAGUACUCUUGAAACUCAUUUGUAGUGUACUAGCAAGCAUUAUGUGUGGUUUCUGAACAUCUGGUAUUUUCCAUUCUUUUAUAAAACAGUGCAAAAACUGGCUGAGUGAAGUCUUUUCAGACUGAGAAUGUGUGCAAAUGAAAAACAUUGCUGGUUCUAACAGUCUUGCUAGUAAAGCUGCACAGCCACUCCCUGCUUCAAGUAGCUCUGAACUGACACACCCUGAGGGAACAGCAAUCUGUCCAAAGCCCAACAGAGUAUGGUGAAUGCAGCAUACUGACCCAUUUUGUAUUUAAUCUUUAUUCCAUGUCUCCUGUAUAAUAAAGUCAAUGUGAAAGCUG